AAACAUGACCGUUGGGAUUCAAAUUCAAAGGUUGUGCUAAACCGGCUACUAGAAGAGAAAAAUCAAAACCAAAAAAGCAAAACUAAAAUCUGGGAAGCGAGAAGGAAGAAGCCAUGAGAACCGUUUUUCUGCAAUCGAAGUCAAAAUCCAGCACACCAUCAUCGGAUGAAGAUAACAACAGCUGCUACUUCCCCGGUUGCAAGAAAGAUGCAAAUUGCAACUGCGAAAUGUGUUUGGCCAGCAUCAAUGCCACCCUCGAUCUCAUGCCCAACAGCGUCCACAAAAGCACCCUCACCAAGCUCUCUGCUUCCAAACCCAACGUUGAGCGCACCCCAAUUUCUUUUGAUGCUUCUAUUCUGUCCACACCCAGAUCCAGUGAGUUUCAGCUAUCUUCAUCCACUCCUCUCUCCAACUCAAGAGCCAGAUCAGACUUGAGCCAGAAAAUGGAGAAGCACAAGAAGGGACAACAAGCCUCUGGUUUCAGUUUCUUGAGGUUGAUGCUCUUUUUUGGAUUCUUCUUGUCUGCGGACCUUGUUUUUCCCUUGGUGGUUUCUGGGGUUCUUCAGCCUGCUUUGUCACCGGAUGCGGUAAAAAGGGUCGGUGAGAAAUGUAGCCUUGUGCGUGAUUUGAAUGGAAAGUUGAGGCUUUUGCAGAAAGAGUUGGCAACUGUUGUCGGGGAAGUUUCAAAUUGCAGCUUCACUGAUACCUUGUGGGAAAUCAGCCAGGAUGGUUUGCUAUUGAAUUCAAGGUGCACACUGUACAAAUCAGCAAUAGAAGAGGUAACAAUCUGGGGAUGGCCUUUGCAAACAGCAGGAUUGCUCACAAAUGGGUUCUCUUCUCGAACAUUCACUCUCUUAUCAGGAAGAGUCACUCAGUGGAAUGGUGGACAAGUUGGCUAUUUGAUUCGGAGGGCUAAUGCUUCAUGGGUGCAACCAAAAUGGGGUGCUUCCGCAGUGCAAUUAGACCCCAACACUUGGGUUCUUGAAUAUCAGAGGAGUUAUAUUUUUGAUGGUACGAGGUUGUAUUCUGCAGCAUUGGAGUUCCUCAAAUAUAGGAUUUCAAGAAUUGUUGCCAGGCUGAAGAAAGAUUUCUGGCUGUUUGUCGCAUUUGAAGAUAAACAGUACAAUGGAUUCACAGUAAACAAUGGACCUCAAAUCCCAACUUGAACGAAUGGUAGAUUUUGGAGUUAAUCUUGCUCAAUCAGCAUAUUCCUGCCCUCAUCUCUUGUGAGGAGCUCCAUUUUCUUUUGUUUAGGUUCUCUAGUUGGAUUUAUCCUUUAAUUUUGGAUAUUUAUUUGUAUAGGAUUUGACUAUCCGAAUUUGACCUGCCAUGCUAUAAUACAUUUGAAUAUACAAGUAAAUGUGAUUGACUUUUCCAUUAUGAAACAAAUAGAAAGGUUGGACCUUUGAGAACAAGCAACAAGAAACAUCAAAGUUGUUUCUUGGUGCACCUCCUUAAGAUUUUAGUCGUUGAAUAUGUUAGAUAAUAAAUUAAUGACAGGACUUGAUGAAGUUAA